UGACUAUUGGGCUCGAUGACCCUGUAUAUCUUCCCCCGCCGCCGAGUCCGCGUCGUCGCCAAACUCGCUGCUGCCGCGCAAUUCUUGCGAAGUGGGUACGACCGACGCAGCAGGGAUAUAAGCCUACGCCUCAGAACUCCCAGUUCCCAUCUCCGCUACAGAAAACCCCAGCACCAGAGAGGUCAAGGAGAGGAGUGUCGCUUCCAUGCGCCAUCUCAAGCGAACCUGCGAUUCAGUCUCGGGCAACUCACGUGGGUGGCCAACAGAAGAUUGCAGAAGCGCGCUCGGGGUUCGCCUGUGCCAUGGGCGGACUGGUGUACCCGGAAUUGCUCGUCAGAGCGGGAGCGCUGCCGUCGUCUGCCUUCUACCAUGGGCAGGGAUCUUCGCGGCAUAAUCAGUGACGAGCAAGUGAUUGAGGAUCCAGGUGUUCAGCAGGUAGAAGUUGCUGAGCAGGAGCUCAUUGAAGGUGCUCCAGAAGGAGCCCUACAAUGAGGAGUACGAGCUUAUCUAGGUGGCGUCUCCCAGUCAGCUUUAUGGCGCCAAGGAUUAAUAUUUAGUUCACUUUACUGUUAUCAUUUAUUUAUGUAAGACUUCCGCUAUGUAAUAAUGAUAUUUGUGACAUUUAUCUCUAUACACUUUGUCAUUAUAUGUGA